UCUUUCGUUUUGCCGUUGCCGCACAGUGUGACAGUGUGACGGUUGCUGGAGGACAGUGUCGGAUUCUGGAGGGUUCCCAGUGGCUAGCUGGAACAGCUUCUGUAUUCGGUAGUGAGAUUGCUUCGCACCUGCCGCAGUCUUAGCAAGGUGCAAGAAUUGGGCACUAAACUAACGACCUCCACCGGUACCACCGUUCUGCAGCAUCCCAGCAGUGCGCCCGAUCGCCCAACAACACUUUAGCAUGAACAUACUAAAGGACGACAACAUCGACAAUGCGCUGUCGGUGUUUCGAAGCGACAGACAGUUUACCCAGAACUCAGCCACGGGCCUACCACCACGGCCAGUGAGGCCCUCGGCAGGGACGGACGACGCCGGGAGAGAAACUGCAGCACGCCAAGAAACGCCAAACGCGGGAGUAAAGAUGUACAACCUAGUGAUUCUCAUCAUCGACAUCCUCGCAAUGUUGACACGAUGGAUUUUUUACACACUUGAGGCAUUGUAUCGUUUUGUGGUACCGCAACCAGCAGACACUGUCCACAGUGACAUUGUGCUGAUCACCGGAGCUGGCCACGGUAUGGGCAAAUGCAUGGCGCUGCAAUACGCCCAGCUUGGCGCAACAGUCGUCUGUCUGGACAUCAAUGAGCGACUGAACGCAAACACAGUGACCAAUAUACGGCAGGAGCGCGGCAAUGCGUUUGGAUAUGUCUGCGAUGUUACCAAUCGUGAACAGAUUGUAGAGAUGGCAGCCAAGGUCAAACAGGACGUUGGCACAGUUACAAUACUGGUGAACAAUGCUGGUAUUAUGCCAACUCAUCCUCUGCUUCAGCAAACGGAAGCAGAAAUUCGAAAAACAUUCGAAAUAAACGUGAUGGCACACUUCUGGCUUCUCCAAAGCUUUCUGCCGGGUAUGAUCGAAAAGAAUCGAGGAUUCAUCGUGGCACUCUCUUCCGUAGCCGGUCUUUGCGGGUUGAACAAUCUCGUGCCAUACUGCGGUAGCAAGUUUGCUGUGCGUGGUAUCAUGGAAGCGUUGUCGGAGGAGUUGCGACAUGAUGCUCGCAAGCCCAACAUCAAGUUCACUACCGUCUUUCCGUACAUGGUCGAUACGGGGUUAUGCAAAAAGCCUCAUAUGCGGUUCCCCAAUAUGAUGCGCCUGGUAAAGCCAGAGGAAGCAGCAGCCGCCAUCAUUGACGGGCAACGGCGAGGUCUAGAGGACGUGUCCAUACCGAAGUAUCUCCUCUAUCUCAACACCAUAAUUCGAGUGUUCCCCGUAAAGAUGCAACCAAGAGCUUCCGCUGCAUUCACUUUGACGUCUGUAGAUUCAUCUUUAAGCAACGCCGCUAUUUUUACGCCAACUGAUUCCAUGUGCUUACUUCUAGGGUUGCCAUUCUGGCAAUGCAGUAGUCCUAUGGUAUAAAAAUAAAGCAUGAAAAUAUAUUAUACACCAUAUAUUAUACAUAAGUUUGAAAGGAAAUAAAGAAUACCUAUCAGAAGGGCCGCGUU